AUGCGUGAAUCUGCCAGCGGCAGCGUAGCAUCUGCCGUGGCCGAAAACGGCACGAAUGCACUCAGCGAUGAACGAACCCCGUUGCUCAAGUCCACAAGUCAAUCUCAGAAUCAAGAUGCCGAACCACCAAGUGAAGCUCAAGGAGAUGACCCUGAUCGAGGCUUACCAGCAGGACAAGAGGAAGAGACAACCGUUGUUGCUGAGGAGGUAUCAACUGGCCGGUUGGUUCUCAUCUUUGGCACAGCGUGGAUUGGAGUCUUCCUGGGCGCCAUCGACUCUACUAUUAUUGCGACUCUCUCUGGGCCAAUUUCGAGCGAGUUCCAAUCCCUCAGCCUGUUGUCAUGGCUUGCAACUGCCUACCUCAUCUCCAAUGCCGCAUGCCAACCUAUUUCGGGGCGGUUGACAGAUAUCUUUGGCCGAGGACCGGGCCUCGUAUUCAGCAAUAUAUUCUUCGCAGCCGGUAAUCUGAUCUGUGGUCUGGCCCGUGAUCAGACUACCAUGAUCAUAGGACGUGUUGUCGCAGGUAUUGGAGGUGGUGGAUUGAUGAGCAUAUCGACCUUCCUGGGCUCAGACUUGGUCCCUCUACGUAAGAGAGGCAUUAUCCAGGGCUUAGGUAACAUCUGCUAUGGAUCUGGUGCAAUGCUAGGUGGUGUGUUUGGCGGCUUGAUUAAUGAUCACACAUCCCAGGGCUGGAGACUCGCCUUCUUGAUCCAAGUACCUCCAGUACUCGUCUCUGCUGUAGCAGUUCAUUUCUUGGUCAGGGUUCCACCUAAGCAGUCGGAUAAGUCGUUCCUUGCACGCAUCGACUUUAUGGGGGCAUUCCUGACAUCUUCUUUCUUGGUCUUCCUGCUCUUGGGCCUCAACUCAGGUGGAAAUCUUGUGCCGUGGACUCACCCUCUCCCGCUGACCACGAUACCCCUUGCUUUCAUCACAUUUGGCUUAUUCUUGUUCUGGGAGAGUAAAGCCCGCCAGCCAAUCAUACCAGUGAAGCUUCUUCUUGAUCGGACUGUCUUGAACGCCUGCCUCUGCAACCUUGCCUGUACGAUGGCGGUAAUGGGGGCGCUCUUCUAUGUUCCUCUGUACCUGCAGGUUCUUGGCAGUAGUGCCACACAGUCUGGCAUCCAGAUUCUCCCAUCACCGAUCGGUAUCUCAGUGGGAUCUCUCCUCUCGGGCUUCAUCAUGAAGAGAACUGGUAAAUACACCAAACUGGGUGUAGUGGGCUUGCUUUUCCUUAUUGCGGGAGUUGUGGUUCUUACAAUCCAGAACGAGCAUAGUCCCAAGUGGCUGAUGGGAGUUUCUUUCUUCUUGAUCGGUUCUGGAUAUGGUGCAACCCUCACAACGACGUUGUUGGCAUGCAUUGCUGCCGUUGACCACUCUCAGCAGGCUGUCAUCACCUCUGCAACCUAUCUGGCACGCAGCCUCGGUAGUACUGUAGGAGUUACCAUUGGCUCAGCUGUGUACCAAAACAUCCUCAAAGCUAGACUUUGGGACAGAUUCGGUGCCGAGCCUGGGGCUGCAGAUGAGAUUCGCCGCAUCAGAGAUGACUUGGAUGAGAUCAAGCAUCUUCCAGAAGGAUGGUAUGACGGCGUCAUCAGCUCUUUUGUAGAGGCCUUCAGGGGAGUGUGGCUUACACUGCUUGCCUUUGCUGUCAUUGGGCUACUGUGCAUCUCGCUCAUGAGGCAGCACACCCUUCAUUCGACUCUUGAGAGGCGGUGA